AUGGCGUUACUGGGCGUCUCGCUCAUCCUCGCAUCCUUCGUCCUGUUCUGCAUGCGGAGGCAGGACUGGUUUCCAUCCAUCUUCCGGAGCCUACCCCCGCGACUUCCGAUAGAGCCGCCGCCUCAGAAUCGGGAGACGCCGGAAGAUGAUGCGCACCUGGAUCGCCGCUCAGACUCAGAUGUGGCCAGCGUGGCGAGAGACGAGCCAAAGCACGAGUCAGCAGCAGCGAGUGGCCGGGCAUUGGGCGAGAUCCCGUUAUCCCCUCUUCCGCGAGUGGUCCAGCGCGAAGCCGAACCCGAUACCGGCUUGAACUCGCCAAGUGCGCAUUCAACCUCCGAUGGGCAAACAACGCCCAAGGCCUCGGCCACAGUUCUCGAGUCCUCCGUGCCGGCAUUCGCACUUUCCGCGCCGGAAGACGCCUCCUCGGCUGCCCCCAAAGCGAAAAAUAGCUCAGCGCCCACACUUUCACCCUCAUCCUCCUCCUCCUCAUCCUCCUCGUUAAUGCCCCCUCCGCCGCGCCCGCCAACCCUCCGCCCGCUUCCCUCCGCCAGCCAAGCCUCCAGCACCUCUUCCUCCCUCGCCCCGGCUCCGCGCGCCCGCAACAACCUGCCGCUCCCCUCCCGCGCGCCAGGCUGUUCAACACUCGCGCCGCCGCCGACGCACUCGUCCAAGCCCUCGGCCAGGGCCAGGCCGUCGCGCGCGGUGGCGCUCUCGCCAGGCCACUCGCCGCUGGACUGGGCGCGGCUGACGGGCGACCCGCGGGGCGCCGAGCGCCUGCGCGGCCUGCCUCCCGGCACGCCCUACCUGCGGGUGACGCCUCGCAUGCUGCGGCGGCAGACGGGCCGGCGCGGGCGGGACGCGUGGACGGUGCUGGGCGGGCGAGUGUACAACAUCUCGCCGUACCUGCCGUUCCACCCGGGCGGCGAGGCCGAGCUGCUGCGCGGCGCCGGCAGGGACGGCACCCGGCUGUUUGGCGAGGUCCACCCCUGGGUGAACUACGAGGGCAUGUUGGCGGCCUGCUUGGUGGGCAUCUACGUGGCGGAGGAAGAGGGCGGGGAGGAUAUGGAGGCUAUGAAUUGA